AUGCCAUUCCUGAAGAGAACGAAAAAAGUGCUUUUAAUGGGCAGAUGCGGUGCAGGAAAAUCAUCUAUGCGAUCCAUCAUCUUUCAUAACAAUAUCGCCAAAAAGACAAGAGAUCUCGAGCCUACAAUCUUGUGGGAUAAUAAAACCAAUGUGCAAUUUCUAGGAAACCUGCAUUUGAAUCUAUGGGAUUGUGGAGGUCAAGAUGAUUCAUUCAAUGACUACCUGACAACAUAUCGAAACUUGAUUUUCAAAGAUGUCCACGUUUUGAUCUAUGUGUUUGACGCCAUCAGUGCAGAGCUCGACAAGGACAUUCAUUACUAUCAAUCCUGUCUGGAAUCCAUUCUAAUGCAUUCUCCAAAUGCCAUUGUAUUUUGCCUGAUGCACAAGAUGGAUCUUAUUCAAGAAGAGAGGCGUGAUAUGAUGUUUGAAAAACAAAAGUUAGAGCUUCAAGUCAGAUCCGAGCCUAUUCAGAUACAAGCAUUUCAGACUUCCAUAUGGGACGAGACAUUGUACGCAGCCUGGGCCAAGAUUAUCCAUUGCUUGAUACCCAACAUGAAUGAAUUACAAGCUAGUUUGGAUACAUUUUGUUCCAUCUGUGGAGCCGAUGAAAUUGUCCUUUUUGAAACGACAACAUUUCUAGUGAUUGCAAAUUCAGCAUCCAUUCAUCAUCCAGAUGCACAUCGAUUUGAAAAGAUCAGCAGUAUUAUAAAGCAGUUUAAUCUCUGUACAAGAAAAGAGGGAUAUUCGAAACAGAUGGAAAUCAAAGGAAGCAAUUUCACAGCAUUUUUCGACUCCCUGACAAAGAAUACAAGUGUAUUACUGAUCAUCUCGGAUACAGACAUAACGUCUGCUGCAACUCAAGUGAAUAUUGCAGCAGCAAGAAGACAUUUCGAAAAGCUGGAACAUGUUGAAGCUGCCUAA